CCCAGCCAAGAUGGCUGACAGCAUCCCGUUGAAUCCGGUGCGGAAGAACUCGAAGAGGAUCCCGUAUUACAACUCUGCCAGACAUUCACGACUGGACGAGGAUGAGCUUUUAAAGCCUUCUGGUUCAGGAAUGGACAGGAAGUGAACUAGUCCCAUGACCAGAUACUCUCUAGAAGAUGAGCCCUCUAACCUGGACGAGAUGCCUCUGAUGAUGUCGGAGGAGGGCUUUGAAAAUGAAGAGAGCGACUACCAGACGCUGCCUCGGGCUCGAGUCAACCAGCGACACAGAGGCCUCGGCUGGUUCCUGUGCGGAGGGUGGAAAGUCCUCUGUGGCAGCUGCUGUGACUGUCUGGCCCACAUAUGUCGGAGGAAGAAGGAGCUGAAGGCCAGGACGGUGUGGCUCGGCUGUCCGGAGAAAUGUGAAGAGAAGUACCCCAAAAACGCCAUCAAGAACCAGAAGUACAACAUCUUCACGUUUGUGCCUGGGGUUCUCUAUCAGCAGUUCAAGUUCUUCCUCAAUCUCUACUUCCUGGUGGUGGCCUGCUCCCAGUUUGUGCCAUCACUGAAGAUCGGUUAUUUGUACACAUACUGGGCACCGCUGGGUUUUGUGAUGGCCGUUACCAUGGUGCGUGAGGCUGUGGAUGAAGUGCGACGGUACCAACGGGACAAAGAGAUGAACUCUCAACUCUACAGCAAGCUCACAGUGCGAGGUAAAAUCCAAGUGAAGAGUUCAGACAUACAAGUUGGGGACCUGAUCAUUGUUGAGAAGAACCAAAGGAUUCCUGCAGACAUGAUCUUCCUGAGAACUUCAGAGAAAGCAGGUUCCUGCUUCAUCAGAACAGAUCAGCUGGACGGAGAAACGGACUGGAAGCUGAAGGUUGCUGUCGGCUGCACGCAGAGACUUCCAGCAGUGGGGGAUCUCUUCUCCAUCAGCGCCUACGUCUACGCCCAGAAGCCUCAGCUGGACAUCCACAGUUUCGAGGGGAACUUCACCCGGGAAGACGCAGAUCCACAGAUCAACGAGAGCCUGAGCAUCGAGAACACUCUUUGGGCCAGCACAGUCGUUGCAUCUGGCACGGUGAUCGGAGUGGUGAUCUACACGGGCAAAGAGACCAGGAGCGUACUGAACACGUCCUUUGCCAAGAAUAAGGUCGGCCUCCUGGACCUGGAGCUGAACCGCCUCACCAAGGCCCUGUUUCUGGCCCAGGUGGUUCUGUCUAUUGUCAUGGUAGCGGUGCAGGGGUUUGUGGGUCCGUGGUUCCGGAACCUUUUUCGAUUCGUCGUGCUCUUCUCGUACAUCAUCCCCAUCAGUUUGCGUGUAAACCUGGACAUGGGGAAGUCGGCCUACGGUUGGAUGAUCAUGAAAGAUGAAAACAUCCCCGGCACAGUGGUGAGAACCAGCACCAUCCCAGAAGAGCUGGGCCGCCUCGUCUACCUGCUGACCGACAAGACAGGAACUCUGACACAAAACGAAAUGGUCUUCAAGCGGCUGCACCUGGGAACAGUUUCUUACGGCACCGACACCAUGGACGAGAUACAGAGCCACAUCAUCCAGUCGUAUGGACAGGGGACGUCCCAGACCUCCACCAGUGCCACCAGCGGCUCCACUCCAUCGCGGAAGACCCAGACGUCGGGCCCGAAGGUCCGAAAGAGCGUCAGCAGCCGCAUCCACGAGGCGGUGAAGGCCAUCGCCCUGUGCCACAACGUCACCCCCGUCUACGAGUCCCACGCCGGAGUCAACGGGGAAACAGAGUCUGCCGAAGCCGACCAGGACUUCAGUGACGACAACCGAACCUACCAGGCCUCCAGUCCGGACGAGGUGGAGCUGGUGCGUUGGACCCAGAGCGUCGGUCUGACCCUGGUGAACAGAGACCUGACCUCCCUGCAGCUGAGGACUCCCUCGGGACAGAUCCUCUCCUUCUUCAUCCUGCAGAUCUUCCCCUUCACCUCCGAGAGCAAGAGGAUGGGCAUCAUCGUCAGGGAGGAGUCAACGGGGGAUAUCACUUUCUACAUGAAAGGUGCUGAUGUUGCCAUGGCGAGCAUCGUCCAGUAUAACGACUGGCUGGAAGAAGAGUGUGGAAACAUGGCCAGAGAAGGUCUGAGGACGCUCGUAGUGGCCAAGAAGUCUCUGUCCGAGGAGCAGUAUCAGGACUUUGAGAGCCGCUACAACCAGGCCAAGCUGAGUAUCCACGACCGCGGCCUGAAGGUGGCAGCGGUGGUGGAGAGCCUGGAGAGAGAGAUGGAGCUUCUGUGUCUGACCGGUGUGGAGGAUCAGCUGCAGGCGGACGUCAGACCCACGCUGGAGCUGCUGAGAAACGCUGGCAUCAAGAUCUGGAUGCUGACAGGAGACAAGCUUGAAACGGCCACAUGCAUCGCCAAGAGCUCCCAUUUGGUCUCCAGAAACCAGGACAUCCACAUCUUUAAACCGGUCUCGAACAGAGGAGAGGCCCAUCUGGAGCUGAACGCCUUCAGAAGGAAACAUGACUGUGCUCUGGUCAUCUCUGGAGACUCCUUAGAGGUUUGUUUGCGGUAUUACGAGCACGAGUUUGUGGAGCUGGCGUGUCAGUGUCCAGCGGUGGUCUGCUGUCGCUGCUCCCCGACUCAGAAGGCCCAGAUCGUCACGCUCCUGCAGCAGCACACGGCCAACAGAACCUGCGCUAUAGGUGAUGGAGGAAACGAUGUGAGCAUGAUCCAGGCUGCAGACUGUGGGAUCGGGAUUGAAGGAAAGGAGGGGAAGCAGGCGUCUCUGGCUGCAGACUUCUCCAUCACUCAGUUUAAACACAUCGGCCGCCUGCUCAUGGUCCACGGCAGGAACAGCUACAAGCGCUCUGCUGCGUUGGGUCAGUUCGUCAUGCACAGAGGCAUGAUCAUCAGCACCAUGCAGGCUGUCUUCUCCUCAGUCUUCUACUUCGCCUCCGUGCCCCUGUACCAGGGUUUCCUCAUGGUCGGGUAUGCCACCAUGUACACCAUGUUCCCCGUGUUCUCGCUGGUUCUGGACCAAGAUGUGAAGCCAGAGAUGGCUCUUCUGUACCCAGAGCUUUAUAAAGACCUCACCAAGGGACGCUCGUUGUCCUUUAAGACGUUCCUCAUCUGGGUUUUGAUCAGCGUGUAUCAAGGUGGCAUCCUCAUGUACGGAGCGCUGGUGCUGUUUGAGUCGGAGUUUGUGCACGUGGUCGCCAUCUCCUUCACGGCGCUCAUCCUGACCGAGCUGCUGAUGGUGGCGCUCACCAUCCGGACCUGGCACUGGCUCAUGGUGGUCGCCGAGUUCUUCAGCCUGGGCUGCUACCUAGCAUCGCUCGCCUUCCUCAACGAGUACUUUGACUUGUCCUUCAUCACGACUUGGCCUUUCCUGUGGAAGGUGUCGGCCAUCACGUUGGUCAGCUGUCUUCCUCUCUACAUAAUCAAAUACCUGAAGCGAAAGUUUUCACCGCCGAGCUACUCCAAACUCUCCUCGUGAGCUCGAACUUCGGAUUACCUGGUUUGUUUUUUGUAGCUUCCUGCUUUCGCUGAGCUUUCGCGCUAUUUGCAGCACUUUUUUUGUAACUCCUGACCCUCUGGGACGGCGGGGUCGAGGAAACACUGGAACAAUCAAAAAAAAAAAUAAAGGAUGAAGAAAAUGUAAAAACUAAAACCUUGGAUUAUGUCACACUGACACGUGGGAUAACUUGAAAAAAACAGAGCACAUAAAAUAAGACUAUAAAAGGAUGCAUUCAGUCGGACAGGUGGGGGGGGGGGAGAUGGUGUCUGCACUUAGAAGGUCUGAAUGAAACACUGGACCCCCCCACCCCCCGCUGUGAGGGGUCAAUCUGCCUUCUCUGGUUUUAAACCGCUUCAAACGUCAUUUUAUACUCUUCUGAUGCAUUACUUUCGAUGUUCAACUUUUUAUAUGUUGACUUUUUUUAAGUGUUAUUUUUUAUCCUGGGUAUUAAGUACAGCUGCCGGCCUGCAUCUUUGAACAGUGUUGAGUUGCUUUAAGGGGGAGGGAUCCUAUAUUUUAAUGUUUUCCUACGUUCCUGUAAAUAAAGCCUUCACAUGCAGCAUUGAUUCCCUCUGCUGUCAGAGUUAAAUCAAGAGAAACACGCGUUACAAUAAAAAAAACAUGAACAAUGGCGGUCGUGAAGAAAAUGCUGGAACUCACUUCAAACUGACUUCCUUUUCCAUUUGCUGCUCAAAUUUCUAUCCGUCACCUUAAUCGUAUAAAACCAGCACUCCAUAGCGACGUCACACGCAGCAUCGUCGGCCUUCAUCACUCUGCAUACUUUUAAGAAGUCUGUGUCUGUGGCCAGCAGUCCUCCACAUCAGGACCGCGGCGGCUCAGUUUGUGCCUCAUCAUGAUGUUUAUUUGAAAUGUGCUGAAGCUGCAUCGUCACAACAUCGUUUGUUCAACAAUCAGAGGUUUCUGUGAGCGUUUUGUUUUUGUCACGUCCUCGGCCAGGUGUGGAUGUCUUGGCUCUUGAAUCCUGCUGCUUUCUCUCCCCUGAUUUCUCUGAUGGUAAGAGUACUUUAAGAGUCACAAGAAGAAGGACCCUGAUGUGUAUUUUUAGGUCUUUAUUGACUGUAUGACUCCCCUGGGCCUCCCUGUGACUCAUGGCGUGGAGCAGACGUUGACAGAUCUUUUCCUUUAAAGGAGGAAUGAGUUUUAUCAUUCACUCCGUGCACUGUGAGUGUUGAGUCUGUUUUAAGCACAGUGACGAGAGGAAGGUAAAGUGAUCUUUAAAGUGGCUAAUGAAGGAAACAG